CGCCAGAGAACUUGGUGACGUUAAACGGCGGGGUCACCGCCGCUAUUGGUUUAUCUGGACGCGCAUUGGGUAUGUGGAGAGCAGUAAUGUCGGAGGAGGUUGGGAACAAAGUGCGGGCGGUUGUGGACCGGGUAAAUCAAGCGGUUUCCCGUCGUCCGAAGACGUUGCCAUGUAUAGCCCCUCGACUGGUGGCGGUAAGCAAGACCAAACCUCCUGACAUGGUGAUAGAGGCUUACAAACACGGCCAACGAAACUUUGGAGAGAAUUAUGUGAAUGAGCUUGUUGAAAAAGCAUCCCAUUCUCAGAUUUUGUCGUUAUGUCCUGAAAUAAAAUGGCAUUUCAUUGGUCAUCUACAAAAGAAUAAUGUCAACAAGCUCCUGGGUGUCCCAAACCUGUAUAUGGUGGAAACAAUUGAUUCUGUGAAGCUGGCUGAAAGGGUUAACAGCUCAUGGCAAAAGCUGAGACCUGCCAACGCACAACGGUUAAAGAUUAUGGUUCAGAUAAACACCAGUGGAGAGGAAAGUAAACAUGGCCUGUCCCCUGAUGAGACUGUAAACACUGUGAAACACAUUGUGUCUCAGUGUCCUGCUCUUGACUUCGCUGGACUCAUGACGAUUGGCCGUUAUGGUUAUGACCUCAGUGACGGCCCCAACCCGGACUUCCAGAUGCUGUUGAAAAGGCGUGAAGAACUUUGUGAAAGUCUUAAGAUGCCGGUGGAUAAGGUUGAGCUCAGUAUGGGUAUGUCCACUGACUUUGAACAUGCGAUUGAGGUCGGAUCCACUAACGUCCGUGUUGGAAGCACUAUUUUCGGCACACGUGAAUUUCCCAACACCCCAAGCCCCAGUCCAGAGAAAAAGCCAAGGGUUGUAUGCGAGGAAGCAGCCAGGAAAAUGGACCGACUAACCGUUACAGAGCAAUGAAUGAUGGAUACUGCACUGAAUCUGGGAACUCCUAGUAGUUUUCCCAAUGGCUGGUUUUACCAUUCACCAGUUAAAAGCCUUUAACAUGUCUUAACUAUCACUACUUACCUGACCUUCGGAGGUAAAACAACUAGAAAGUGUAAUUUAACAACUUUUAACACAAAAUUUACUCUUGAAGGCAUUUUAUUAUCAAAAGAUCUCCAGAAGUGUCCACCAACCUCUGGGAAAAAAUAAAAACGUUGCUUUCGUGUUUUGUUUUGAGGAGAUACAGGGUCAGCACGUAUUCGGUUUUGUCGUGCAAACUAUACAGUAGGUGAAUUAAUGUGUGCUAUCAUUUCUGUGAAUUCAGUUGAAUAGAUUAAAUAGUUGAAUUCGUAAGUCAUUAACAUUAAAAUAAAACAUGUUUUGUUUUUAGGUGUGUGUGUGUGUGUGUAGAUAUAUUUUAGUGUUUGUAUGAUGUUUUAUUUGUGACUGAUCAGAAAGUUAUAAAGUUUCAGUUAUGGCAACACUUUAAAUUAAGUUUCAGUUUAUUAACAUUAGUUUGUGCACUUAAAUAAAAACGAACAAAACAUUAAUCUGUUAAUGUUGUUUUCUACAUAAUACAUUUCCCAUUUUAAGUACAAACUAACAAUGUUUUAUGAAUAAAACACAUUUUAACAAUGAAGAAUAAUAUAACAUGAACUAAUAUUCAUAAAUUAAACAUUAUUGUAAAGUGUUGCUAGUGAAAUCUAUUUGUGAACUUUAUUACUAUUUGUAAAUGAUAUAAAUAACACAUGUAUAGUAUUAUGUAUCUUCUUGUUGCUGUGAAAGGUGUCAGUGACUUGUUUCUGGGCUGACGUGUAUGUGUGUGGUAUUCUGCUGUAAUUCAUAUAGUAUCUAUAGCUUCAUGUCACCAUAAACAUUGUUAAAAUUAAGCAGCAACCACAUUGAUUUAGGAUAUUGAACAGAAAUAAAUGUCAAUGACUGGAAGAAACGCAGAAAGAAACUUUUUAUGUUUAGGAAAAGCUGAAAGUCUGAGGUAUUUUACUAUGCAAGACAAGAAGAUGUGCUGCAUUUAAAAUGUUUGUUUAGAGGUAAUUUCAUCAUAUUUUGGUUUUAAUUUUUUAAUAAAUACAGUGCUGUCAUGUUAAUUAUAUUUUACUGUUUGUGGUCAAAUGUGAAAAGUCAAAUGGAGUUUUUCCAAUUGUGUAUAUUGUCAAUAACAUAGUUGUAUCUUGUUAAUAGAUGGUUGUACAUAAGUGAUUAAUUUACGCAAGGUGGACAAUAAAGGAAGAUAAAAUGAAA